GUGUAACACUUCAAUGCGACGUUUCGCUCAAAUUCCAGUGGUUUUUCUGCAGAACUGCUGAAGUUGUAGCGCAGAGAUCCUCGAGAAGACCUGCGUGUUCCCCAGUUAUGCAGUUCCAGGAGUGGUUGCGGUCGCUUUUCUCCCACGCAGAAACUAAAGUGUCUGACUCGGACGACCUGUGGACUCUGCUGCCAUCCUUGCCCUCCCUCUCUCUGUCGACCUCCUCUCUGCUGGGUCUCGGAGCCCUAGCCUCCCUCACAGUGUGCUGGUUGGUGACCCGUCCUCGGCCCAUGAGUCCUCCCUGCGACCUGCAGGCCCAGUCCGUCGCCGUCGGCGGAGAUCCGAGCUGCAGGCGGUCCGCUCUGAUUAAAGACGACACUCUGUUUGAAUUCUAUCAUGACGACAUCAGGACGGUGUAUGAAAUGUUCCAGAGAGGAGUGAAGGUCUCAGGAAAUGGUCCAUGUCUUGGCUUCAGAAAGCCAGGUCAGCCCUACGAAUGGAUCUCUUAUGUUGAGGUGACUCAGCAGGCCCAGUGGAUGGGCAGUGGCAUGAUUGCUAAAGGCUGCCAGAAAUACGUUGCAGUAUUUUCACCGAACAGGCCGGAGUGGGUCAUCUCAGAGAUGGCCUGCUACACCUACUCCAUGGUUCUGGUGCCGCUGUACGACACACUGGGGACGGAGGCGAUGGUUCACAUCCUCAACCUUGCGGAGAUAACACUAGUGAUCUGUGACAAAGAGGAGAGGGCAGCGUCUUUGCUCGAGUGCAAGGAGAACGGCACAGCCCCGGAGAUCUCCUGCCUGGUUCUCUUCACCGACUUCAGCCAAAAGUUCGCGGAGCGGGCGAAGAAGUGCCAGGUGGAGGUUUUGAGACGGGACCAGCUCAUGGAGCUGGGGAAGCAGAACCUCAAAGAUCCUGUGCCACCCCAGCCUGAGGAUCUGGCAGUAGUUUGCUUCACCAGUGGAACCACAGGGAAGCCCAAGGGAGCCAUGAUCACCCACGGCAACAUCGCCUCCAAUACUUCCUCUGUCAUUAAGAUCCUGGAGGGUUCGUUUGUGAUCACGACAGAGGACGUGUCAAUCUCGUACCUGCCGCUUGCCCACAUGUUCGAGAGGAUGAUUCAGCUCACUAUGUACUACUUUGGAGCCCGAGUAGGAUUCUUCCAGGGAGACAUUUCUCUUCUUAUGGACGACAUUAAAACCCUCAAACCCACCCUGUUUCCUGUUGUGCCUCGUAUACUCAAUCGUAUCUACGAUAAGAUCCAGGGUUCGGUGACCUCUCCGUUUCAGCGGGCUCUGUUUAACUACGCUGUGAGGCGAAAACAGGCCGAGCUCCGCAGUGGAAUCGUACGAAACAAUAGUCUGUGGGACAAACUGGUGUUCAGGAAAAUACAGGCCAGUUUAGGAGGCAACGUUCGGUUUGCCCUGACCGCCUCGGCGCCCAUCUCCUCCUCGGUGUUGUCCUUCCUCCGAGCCACUCUGGGCUGUAUAAUCUGUGAGGGUUAUGGACAGACGGAGUGCACAGGAGGCUGCACUUUCUCCUUGGUAGGGGAUAACAGCACAGGUCAUGUUGGUUCUCCUGUACCGGGCGCCAUGGUCAAGCUGGUUGACAUCCCUGACAUGAACUACUACGCUAAGAAUGGAGAAGGCGAGAUUUGUGUCCGUGGUCCCAGCGUGUUCAAAGGUUACCUGAAGGACCCAGAGAAGACAGCUGAGGCCUUGGACAGCGAUGGCUGGCUGCACACUGGGGAUGUUGGCCAGUGGCUUCCAACUGGCACGCUGCGCAUCAUAGACAGGAAGAAGCACAUCUUCAAGCUGUGUCAGGGAGAGUAUGUCGCACCGGAGAAAAUCGAAAACGUCUACCAGCGCUCCGUUCCUGUGCUGCAGGUGUUCGUUCACGGAGAUAGUUUACAGUCUUACGUCGUAGGAAUAGUUGUGCCUGACAGAGAGGUGUUCGUUGCCUGGGCCAAGGAGCGGGGCUUUGUUGGCUCCUACGAGGAGCUGUGUCAAAAUCCUGAUGUAAAGAAUGCUGUAUUAGAAGAUGUGAGAUCAGUGGGGAAGGAAGCAGGACUUAAAUCUUUUGAACAGGUGAAAGAUCUUUAUUUGCACCCAGAGACGUUCAGCACGGCCAACGGCCUUCUCACGCCCACCCUGAAAAUCCGACGGGCCGACAUCCGCAGAGUGUUUCAGGAACAGCUGUCGAGCAUGUACAAGUCAACGAUUUAAUCCACUCCACACCUGAGGCUCACCGCGCUGCACGCAGGAGAAGAAACUAGUCCAGGAGCUCCUACAGUGCUGUGUAGAAACCUACAACUGGAUGUCUUUUCAUGUUUUUAUAUACAGUUUAACUCCUGUCCACAUUUGGUCACUACCUUUUUUUACGCAAACAUGAUGUUCCUUUAACUUUUUAUGGACCAUAUGUUGUUUAAUAGUGGAAAUAAGACUCACUUUUUUUACACUAAACUAUUUUUCAGGUAUUUUUAAAGGGAUUUUAAGUCUUUGUGGGACGUUGUUAUUCACGACAGUUGCAUUAAUUGUAAGUUAGUCAUAUUGUACAGUUCCUGGAGUCUGUCUCACCACAAUAUAAGCUUUUUACAAACAUCUCAGAUUUCAACACAGAAGCAUCUCCUGUAACAUUUUAAGUGAAAACAUCAGAACUGAUGAUCUUUUCAAACUGCAAUGGUUUGUUAGAAAUAAAGAACUUUUAAAACUC